AUGAUCAUGAAUGCAUGGCUGGCAGCCAAGAUGAAGCUCGUAGCCGUGCUCCUCGCCCUCGCUACGGUCGAGGCUCGUCCAACGGUCGACACGACCUACCCCUACAACGGCCCUGAUGUCCCAAUUGGCGACUGGGUCAAUCCAACCAUCAAUGGCAAUGGCAAAGGAUUCCCUCGUCUGGUAGAAGCUCCAGCCGUGAAGCCGAGAUCUGCGCAUCCAAAAAACAAUGUCAAUGUCAUUUCGCUCUCCUACCUCCCCGACGGCAUGCACAUCCACUACCAGACGCCUUUUGGGCUGGGCGAGGCCCCGUCCGUUCGCUGGGGAACCAGUCCAGCGAAUUUGAACAAGGUGGCCCAUGGCUGGUCACAUACCUACGACCGCACCCCCUCCUGCGCCCAAGUCAAAGCCGUGACCCAAUGCAGCCAGUUCUUUCACGAAGUCAGCCUUCCCCAUUUGAAGCCCGAGACCACCUAUUAUUACCGGAUUCCCGCUGCCAACGGGACGACUGAAUCCGACAUCCUCAGCUUCACGACGGCGCGCGCCCCCGGCGACAAGCGGUCCUUCACCGUGGCCGUCCUCAACGACAUGGGGUACACGAACGCCCAGGGCACGCAUCGCCAACUCCUUAAAGCGGCGAACGAAGGCGCUGCGUUUGCCUGGCACGGCGGGGAUCUAAGCUACGCGGACGACUGGUUCUCUGGCAUCCUCCCGUGCGCGGACGACUGGCCCGUCUGCUACAAUGGAACUAGUACGCAAUUGCCAGGCGGAGGUCCGAUUCCUGAAGAGUACAAACAGCCCCUUCCGCAGGGCGAGACGGCGAAUCAGGGAGGCCCGCAGGGUGGCGAUAUGAGCGUGCUGUACGAGUCGAACUGGGAUCUAUGGCAGCAGUGGAUGACCAACCUCACCGUGAAGAUCCCGCACAUGGUUAUGCCGGGCAACCACGAGUCAGCGUGUGCUGAGUUCGAUGGGCCAGGCAAUCCCAUCACCGCGUAUCUAAACGAAGGAAUCCCUAACGGGACAUGGCCAGCCGAGAACCUGACUUACUACAGCUGCCCCCCCUCCCAGCGCAACUUCACGGCUUUCCAGCACCGCUUCCAUAUGCCGGGCAAGGAAACAGGGGGCGUCGGCAACUUCUGGUACUCGUUCGACUACGGCCUUGCGCACUUCGUCAGUCUGGACGGCGAAACCGACUUUGCUAACAGUCCAUUCUCGACCUUCGAGCGCGAUCUCACCGGGAAUGAGACCCAUCCCCGCCCCGAGGAAACCGAGACCACGGACAGCGGACCGUUUGGCACGAUUGACGGCGACCGGUACGAUGAUAAUACCGCGUAUGCGCAGUAUCAGUGGCUGAAGCGCGAUCUGGCUAGCGUUGAUCGGACCAAGACCCCGUGGGUGUUUGUCAUGAGCCACCGGCCCAUGUACUCGUCCGCGUACUCGAGCUAUCAGACGAACGUACGAAACGCGUUUGAGAACCUCUUGCUGCAGUACGGGGUAGACGCAUACCUCUCAGGCCACAUUCAUUGGUAUGAGCGUAUGUUCCCCAUGACUGCCAACGGGACCAUCGACGAGUCCUCGAUUGCCGACAACCACACCUACACGACGAACAGCGGCAAGUCAAUGACGCACAUCAUCAACGGGAUGGCCGGCAACAUCGAAAGCCACAGCUGGUUUGACGAGGGCGAGGGUUUGACGGAGAUCACAGCGAAACUGGACCGCACGCACUUUGGGUUCAGCAAGUUGACCGUCGUCAACGAGACCGUCGUCAACUGGGAAUUUGUCAAGGGUGAUGAUGGGAGUACUGGCGAUUGGCUGACGCUUGUUAAAGGGGAGACCUGUACGAUUAACGUGUAG